AUGAAUUCAACAGGAACUAAUGAAGACCUGUCUACAUUCAAUGCAUCCACGACCCCAGUGACUCAGGACAGAAUUGAGUACAACUUCAUCCGAUGCAUCCUGCUCAUCAUAACGACCACUCUACUUCUGACCCUCAACCCGCUGUGUCUUGUAGUCCUGAGGCAUGUCCGCAGCAUCCAGGAAACAACUAAGAUAUUCCUCAGAUCCAUGACAGUUGCCGAUCUUGGCAUAGGACUCUUCCGAGCUCUACCGAUGACUGUCCUUGCAAUUUCCGAGACUGAGCACAUCGGCGAGGCAUUCUGCAAAGUACUGUCGUUUGCUGAGGGCAUCCUAUUCUACAGUCCUCAGAUGUCACUCUUGAUGCUGACAGUGGACCGCUACAUUUCAGUGGUGCAUGCGCUGCGCUACCCAUCUCUUUUUGUAGAUGUACAAAGUCGUAUGAACUGCACCGAUGUUAUGCUGGCAUGUAUAGCUGAUGUGUUGUACGUUGCUGAUGUGUUGUACGUUGCUCAUGCUGGCUUGCAUGGUUGA